AUGCAUUUGUCUUUUCUCAAAUUUUCCCGAUCAACAAUUCGUUUGAAACAUGAAGUUCAAAAAUGCCUGAAAGUGGCAGUAAUUGGUCCGCCAAAUGUUGGGAAAUCAUUGUUGACAAAUAAAUUGGUAAAAGCUGGUGUUGCAGCGUUAGUAUUCGUAGAUAGUCCUGGAACAGUGGGCAUUAAACAUGCAAGGGAGAUUGUAAGAAGCCCCGAUUCACGAAUACUGAGUGAUCCAGAACAUGCAGUGGAACAAGCGGAUCAUAUUCUAGUGGUACAUGAUGCUACAAUAUGUACUGAUUAUAUUUUACACCGUGUGUUGCAUAUGCUUCAUCGUUAUCGGCAAAUUCCUUCAAGCUUGGUGCUAAAUAAAAUUGACCAAGUUAAACAAAGAUCUGACUUGCUAUCUCUUACUCGAGUUCUAUGCAAUGGUGUUGUGGAUGGUAAGCCGAUUAUUGUCAAGAAGCACAGUGGUGGACAGUUGGCCAAGUUGUGUGGCAAAAUACACAAAGCAUCUCAUGAAAUGUCACUUCAUUCUCCGGAAGAAAAAGAGCAAAAUGAACAAUGGCAAGAAAAAUAUAAAGAACUUCUACAAAGGCCUACACACAAGUGCAGUUGGGGUGAAACCAAGCAACUUUUUGCAAAUAUUAAAGGAUGGUCGAAUUUUCAAGAUGUUUUCUUCGUUAGUGCACUCACUGGAGAGGGAAUAGAUAUGUUACGCGACCACCUUUACAAAAUUGCAAGAAAUGCUGACUACAAAAAACCGAUGAUGAUAUGCCAAGAUUCGAUUCGAGCAGAAUUUUUGAAUCGAAUACCGCCUUACAUUGCAUAUGCCUUGAAGAUAAACGUAACAGAAUGGGAUAUGGAAGGUGAAGUGUUACAAAUUGUUGCUGAAGUCGAAUGUAAGAAAGAUCGUAUAGCACGAAUUGUAGUUGGGGAGCAUGGUUUAACAAUUAUGGCCGUUGCUAAAGAAGUUAAUGAAUCACUGCAAAAUUUACUUGCGCAACAGUUAUUUGUACGUAUACUGGUUAAAGUGGAGGGUAAAUUGUUCGAUAGUUUACGAUAUAAUGCACGGAGGAAUAUUACUAAAAAAUCCGUAGCAAUAUAA